GAUUGGUUAAAAUGAAAAGGGUUCGAGUAAAAAAAGAGCAUUACAUUUGGGGAAUAAGUUAUCUGAGGAAGGCUAAAGGCUGUUUGUUGGAUUGAAUUGAAUUGAAUUGGGUUUGAUUUUUAUUGAGAUUUGAGAGCGAAUACGAAUCUUCUGCGUGACCGCAGCCCCUUGUUUCUUUCUCCCUCACACACGCAUCAUUGACGGCUUAAAAAGGAAAUACCGCCAUGCGGAAAUUCGUAGCCCACAGAGCCAAGAAGCUGAUCACAAACGCCACCGCUUCCCUGCUCAAUCCCCAUCAUCAAUCGUCUUCUUCUUCAAAUCAGUAUUAUACUUCUGCUAGGCUUGCUCGAUUCUUCACAUCUCUCCCUUCCGACACAUCCAUGGCUUCCGACAAGUCAACACCGCCUCUUACUGUCGACUCCCUCAACCCAAAGGUCUUGAAAUGUGAGUAUGCUGUACGUGGUGAAAUUGUCUCUCUGGCUCAGACAUUACAGCAAGACUUGCAAGCAAAUCCAGGCACUCACCCUUUUGAGGAGAUACUUUACUGUAACAUUGGAAAUCCACAAUCUCUUGGUCAACAGCCCAUCACUUUCUUCAGAGAGGUUCUUGCUUUAUGUGAUCAUCCCACCAUAUUGGACAAGAGUGAAACACAGGGCUUGUUUAGUGCUGAUUCCAUAGAAAGAGCAUGGCAGAUUCUUGAUCAAAUUCCUGGUAGAGCUACUGGUGCAUAUAGUCACAGUCAGGGUAUCAAGGGAUUGCGUGACACCAUAGCUGCUGGCAUUGAAGCUCGUGAUGGUUUUCCUGCUGAUCCAAAUGAUAUCUUUUUAACAGAUGGUGCAAGUCCUGCAGUCCAUAUGAUGAUGCAAUUACUAAUAAGAUCAGAACAAGAUGGAAUCUUCUGUCCAAUUCCUCAGUACCCUCUUUACUCGGCUUCAAUCGCCCUUCAUGGUGGAACUCUUGUUCCUUAUUAUCUUGAUGAAGGAACAGGGUGGGGACUUGAGGUCUCUGAGCUCAAGAAGCAACUGGAAACUGCUAGACAAAAGGGUAUUACUGUUAGAGCCCUUGUUGUCAUUAAUCCAGGAAACCCAACUGGCCAGGUUCUUGCUGAAGAGAACCAACGAGCCAUUGUUGAGUUCUGCAAGAAAGAAGGUUUGGUUCUUCUAGCAGACGAGGUUUAUCAAGAAAACAUCUAUGUCCCUGAAAAGCAGUUUCACUCUUUCAAGAAAGUUGCACGUUCAAUGGGAUAUGGUGACAAGGAUAUUCCCUUGGUUUCUUUUCAGUCAGUGUCUAAAGGGUAUUAUGGGGAAUGUGGGAAAAGAGGUGGAUACAUGGAGGUGACUGGUUUCAGUCCUGAAGUUAGGGAACAAAUCUACAAGGUGGCAUCUGUGAAUCUUUGUUCGAAUAUUUCUGGUCAAAUUCUUGCAAGCCUUGUUAUGAGUCCUCCAAAGGUUGGAGAUGAAUCCUAUGAUUCCUAUUUUGCUGAAAGAGAUGGCAUCCUGACAUCACUUGCAAGGCGUGCAAAGACAUUGGAAGAUGCACUGAACAGCUUGGAGGGAGUUAGCUGCAACAAAGCAGAAGGUGCAAUGUAUCUUUUCCCACAGGUUAAGCUGCCAAAUAAGGCCAUAAAAGAGGCAGAAAAAGCUAAAAAAGCUCCGGAUGCAUAUUAUGCAAUUCGCCUCCUUAAUGCCACUGGUAUUGUUGUGGUUCCUGGAUCUGGUUUUGGUCAGGUGCCAGGAACAUGGCAUUUUAGGUGCACGAUAUUGCCGCAGGAGGAAAAGAUUCCAGCCAUAGUUACAAGGUUGACAGACUUCCACAAGAAGUUCAUGGAUGAGUUCCGUGAUUAGAGGCGUUUCUUUUUUCUUUUUUUGAGAGAGAGAAAAGGAUAAAUUUAGAUUUGAAAUAAAAGCUCAAAUAACUUUUACAGAUUUGAUAACUAUGAUUUUGUAUCUUUGUAAUGAUUAGCAUGAUUGAUAAUGGUGACUGAGAUUUUGUGUU